UGCCCACAUGUUAGUUUUAAAUUAUUAGAUUUCUUAUGAAUGGUGUAAAGAUUAAAAGAAGGAAUGUGAUUUUAAGGGAAAGAUUCUCAUAAACCAAAGUGACUUUCCUUCGUCUCCUUUCCUUCUCUCUUGCAUGUGUAAUGGUUAAGGUUGAGAUUAGGGUUUCAUCAAUGGCAUCCCCCAUAUCGACUCCUGGAUUCCCUUCUGUGCGCGCCCGCCAAUCCGCUGCCACUUGUGACUCUGCCAUGGAAACUCGCGUUGCUUCCUUGGAGGCUAUCAUCGCCUCUUUACCUUCCCUCAUCGCCACUGCGAUCGACAAUGCCCUUGAAAAGGCGUUCGAAAAGGCCUUCGAUGCCUCUCUUGAAAAAUUUCGUCGGGAAAUGCUCUCUCGAGGUGCCGGGGAAGGCAUCUCUGCCCCUCUUGCCGGCGAUCAUCAUGCUUCUCCUGCAAUUGAUCCGAUCCAGCUACCUCGGAGCUCAAUCUGUGCUGAAGGAGCCCGAUCGCAUCUCUCGGACGACCAACUGCCUCGGAUCGACCUGGAUGAGGAGGACAACUUUGAUUGUGUAUCGGAGCUUCUGGAAUCCGUCGACAAGGUAACCGACGACGAUGAUUCCGAUGACAUUGUGGUGAUCAGUGAGGUCAACUCAAAGCCUAGCCAAAAGUCUUCGAAACGGACGGUGGCGGAUGAUGACGAUGAUUGUGUGGUCUUGGACGGCGACCCGGAUAAGCCGGUUUCGGUGGUGGAGGAUUCGGGUAGCGGCUCCGACGAGUUGCUUGUAGUUGGGGAAACGGGGCAGGUAGCAUGUAGAGACUACCCUCAUCCACGACAUCUUUGUGCCAAAUUCCCUUUCAAAACUACCCGGGCCCAGAACCACUGUAAUCUUUGUCAUUGUUAUGUCUGUGACUCGCUGGCACCAUGUGUACAUUGGGCCCUUAAUCAUUGUUAUGCCACGGAUGAAGAAGAGAUGUAUAGAACAUGGAGAAAAAUAUUCAAGACACGGAAAGUUGGUUAGAAUUCUAGCCGGAAAGUUAGUCAGCAACAGCCUCCGCUUCAGCAACCUCAGUUUCAGCGGCCAUCUCCUAUCCAGUGUUGCUGGUUAUGAACCCCCCUCGCUUUUGAAACGAAAAAAUCUGUUUGACACGACUUGUGAUUCGGCAAAAUAAGGCUGGUUGUGAGGAGCGUUGGUAGUAUAUAGGUGUUUGAAGUAGUGUACAAGGUAUCCCUGCUUGGAGAUGCAGUAUAGAGGCACGUUGUUUCCCAAGUCUCUACUCGUUAAUUAUUAUUUCUGGGUUUCCCAUAUGCUUGAAAUCACGGGGUACUUCAUUCCUGCA